AUGAGUGGUUCCCCAACCGACGAUUUGGGUCCACUGCAAAACACAAACAGUAACAAAUCAAACAUAAACCCUCCCUCAACUACUACUACAACAACAACAAAAGCAGCAGCAGCAGCAGCAACAUCGUCGUCGUCGACAGGAACAACAACAAAUGUGACCAAUCCUGCUCAACCUAAAAAGUUUCUGGAAUUCACAACACCUUCACCAACAGACGAAGAAAACUCAAAAACCCACGCCGCAAAGAGAACAUCACCAUCCAAUAUCGAUUUUCUUAGUAGCUUGAAAAAAUUCAAAGUCGAUGGCACGCUGUAUAAACACUACGGACACCAAUCACUGAUGCAUUCACAAGCAUUGCAGAACAUUAUCAACAACGACUCAGAUAAUAAUAAUAAUUCUAAUAAUAAUACUAAUAUUAAUAGUGGUGGUGGUAAUGAUCGCGCGGUUGGGCGUGUUAGUAGUAGUUCUAGUAUUAGUAAUACUAAGAGCGACCAAACAAAACAAUCACAGGAACCAAGAACAGCAUGGACUCGAGACCAGCUCAACCAAAAAUUAUCCAAAGUACUUGAUAUCAAAUUGGAAGAUAAUGACCUCCCUUGGCCAUACAAUACCGAAAACUUACAGAGCUUGAUAAAUCUUCAGAUUGAAAAAGAAAAAACAAAACAAUUGGAGACCCAAAAGGAAUUAAAUGAUAAAACAAAAGAACUUUUAUCGCUAGCCAAAGAUAUGCAUAUAAGCGGCGAUUUGAUUCCAUACAUUUUUGCCUCGGAAUAUAUUGACACAAAUACUGUGGCGCACAGUACAGAUCGCUUACAAAAUAAUCCAAGCGCAUUCAUUAGCAACUUAGUCCAUACAUCGCACGGCUUAGCUCAAGGUUAUACAGCUACAAAUAUCAAUCGACACCAUUCAGAUACACAACUUCCAUCAUUUUCAGAAACAACACAAAACAUCAAAGCAGCAAGCGCAUUUGUAUCGCCAGUAAGGUCACCCGACAAGCUGCCUAUCUUGACUCAUCGACGCGUGGUUUCUGAUAGCAAUAGUAGCGAGUCUAGUAUGCCAUCUUCAAGUGUUGCAAAACCUGAAUCAACUCCAGAAAGAGCAUCAUUGCCGGUCCCAACCUCAUCAACUUUCCAACCGCGGAUUGACUUGGUGCUCAACCGCACUUCACCAUCUAUUCACCAAUCUAAAAGAGCGCAGCUGCAAUUGCAGCUGCCAGUGAUGGCUGCCGGACAGUACACUCCUCAAUCACUGAAGUCUCACUACUAUGCUACACCGCAGGCAAUUCCACCGCCACCAAUGCCUCAUGCUCCGAACCAAAGUUUUGGUCACAGCCAAGGCCCUGCUCAUAGUCACAACCAUGAUGAAAACCACGCGCACAACCACGCACAAUAUUUACCGCAACCCCCACCCCCACAAAGACUGGGAAGUGUACCUGCACAGAGCACCAACAACCAGACCCUGUCGCCGUACUCUCCAACUUACCAAGUUGUAUAUCAACAAGGAUACCCCCCUAACAACAACAACCACAACAGCAUAAGCGGGACAAGCUCGAAUUUCAUUCCUCAGUCAUACCCAUAUUACGUAAAUACGUCACCCUCCAACGGUGCUCCUCAAGGUUAUGGUAUACCAACUGGCACACUAAUUGCUAACAAUGCUGCUUCAGCAGCUGCUCCUCCUAAUCCUCUUCCUCCUCAUCAUCUUCAGCAACAACAACUGCUUCAGCAACUGCAAUCAGCACUAGCGUUAGCACAGCCACCGCCACCUCCACAACCACAACCACAACCACAAUUACCGCAACAUGAACGUCAACACCCUUCUGCAUCCAUGCCACUGCACCCUCCAGCAAUUGGCACUACUGGCCACAGCUAUCACUCGUCUCCACAACCAAUACCUUCUCAAGCACCUGCUUUAGCAUCAGGAGCCAUCCCAAAAACUACAACAUCUAAUAUUUCUUCAGCUUCCUCAAACACCCAGAAACACAAAGUUCCCUCGCACCAUUUCGAGUCCCCCGAUUCAUCGAAAGGCAAAAUCUUUAUGCAUGACAAGGAUAAUACACCGCCAUCAAAGAAACCACGGAAUUCCAAAAAUAAUGGCGGAAAUAUAAACUUUAUGAUCACUACGCCUAAAAAUCCUCCAGCGCGCAAGUACAACAAUCCACAUAGGGAAAAGAAGGAAUAA